AUGUAUAACAUAUUAAAAUUUAGGAAAUGUAUUUUUCUAUCUCCCGUAACAAUUUCAAUAGUAUUAAAAUGGUUUGUAAUUAUUACAUUUCGACCAGACAUGAAUCGUUUAACAGAACUACAUAAAUGUCCAGUAUGUUUUGGUGUCUCUGCAUGCAAUUACAUUCAUGAAGUAGAUAUUAUACUUCAUGAUUUUUAUACCUUAUUUGCCUAUUUUUACGGUGUAAAAAAUGUAUUUUUCGGAUCUUUCAACAAAAGUAGUGUUGUUCUGAAGAAAUUGGCACAAAAUUUUGAAUUAGAUGAAUUUGAUAAAAUGCUUUGCAAAGAUACAAAUUUUUCUCAUAUUUGCACAAUAAAUGUAAAGGAAGUAGAAGAAAAGACAAUAAAGAUCAACUUUCAUAAACUUAUCGAAGAAGAAGUCAGUUCAGAUUUUAUGAACAAUAACUUUAAUCGGUUAAAGCUUUGUCCUACUAUUCAACAUCUAAAUGAUCUUUUAAAAGAUGUAUAUUAUAAUAUGAAAGAUGUUAAUAGAAAAAUACUUGAUAUUAAUAUUUGGGUAUUAACACUUCUUAAUCCCGAACCUCUGCUUCUCCAGAUAUUACCUGCAGAUAAAGAUUGGCCAGUACCAAAAUAUUUUGGUGCUUGUGGACGUAUCAUAGUUGAGGAAUAUGUUGGAUUACCAUUAGCUACUUACUAUAAUGAACCAUGGUUACAUAGAGCUAAAAUAGCUUCGAGUCUUUUAGAUGCUGCUUACAAGUUCACUUAUAAAAAUGAAAAUUUUGGUUUUUAUUUAACUGAUAUAUCUGCUGAUAAUAUAGCAGUUGAUUUAAAUAACAAUGCAAAAUUUGUGGAUUUAGAAAAUGUUAUUGUUGUUGAUAAAAAUGCGCAACAUACAGAAAGAUUAACUACAUGGAAUCAAUUACAAGUAAAUACUGAAAACUUUAGUUGUUCAGAAUGCCUGGCAUUUUCCUAUGCUGACAUAUGUAAUCAUAAAAUCAGCGAUCAUAAUUUCUAUGCAAUAUGCAAGGUAUUAUUAGCAUUAAACUUAAAUAAUAAUAUAUUCCCUGGUGGGUUUCUACAUGAUAUACCUACAAAUAUAUUAAAAAAACAUCCAGAUAUACAACAUCUAAUACAACAAUGUGUUAACCCUCAAACACAAUUUAACAGGAUAAUAGCUGGGAUGCAACUUAAAAAUUUAUUAGAUAUUGUAAUACAAAACCAAACAUAAUAGUAGAAAUAAAUAAAGAUAUGUAAUUAACUGUAAUCAACAAUUCAUACACAAUUAAUACAUUUGCUACUCAUGACAAGCAGAACACGAUGCGAGUAUAAAUUUAAUCUUAACACGUUCGUCGCCCAGCGCGAUUCGGUUGAGUUUCUUGUGGAGCCCAAGUCCGACUGUCGGUGCGCCAGAACGUUAUCGGACGAUUUGGAUGGGUUUAGUAUAGACACCGCUUGUUAGAUGUUGAUCAACGGACCCUAUUUACAAUCUUUCAUUUCCGUGCAGCAGGAUACUCCGUAAUCGUUUUGAAUUACUAUUAGCAAACUUGCAUUUUGCAAAUAACGAAACGAUAGGACAGAGUAG